AUUGUUUGUUCGCCCGGAAUAGUUCAUAUCUGAAUAGAAACACUAGAGAGUUCUUCACAGUAAUAACACAUGUAGUAAUACACGCUACACACACAAAAACUGUGUACAUCACCUUCAGAAUCAUGAAUUCUGACAUCAGCAUUUGCCUUUACUCUAUCCUGUAUGGAUUUUUCACUCUUUGUUUCGUGGCGCCGCCAACCGAAUUUGUCUCAGCAGGACUGACUGUUCAAAAUAUUUUUUCCAGUUAUUUGGGAAGUGAAGAGAUGAAGUUUAUAGAUUACCAUAUUCGACGAACGGCAGUAACAGCAUUUGUCCACUCCCUAAUCCCAUUAGGUUACUACAUUGGUCUGGCAUUGAUUGCACCCGAUCUGUCACUUUUCAUGAUCUGGGAUCUUCCUAGAGCAUGUUAUCUGCUGUUUACCUUAUGUGUCCUUCUGCCAGCUACUGUAGGCAUGAUGGCACUAUACUGGAAACAUAAUAACUGGAAUGAUCACCCAAUUGCACGUCAGCUGGAGCAGCUCAGCCAUGGAGGGUCUUGGAGGGAUGUAGCUUCAGCCAUCAAUGUAGAAUUCCGUCGCAUUGACAAGUUCACCUCCGGGUUACCAGGCCGAAGACUUUAUGUAACUGAUUCAUGGAUACUGAAGACAACAACAUAUCAUGUCUAUAUAGCACACCAAAAUGAUAUUCAGCUUUUAUUGGACAACACAGAAGAGCAUCCUCUGUCUUAUGAAAAUUCUACGGCAGCCCAGUUCCUCAACAUUACAGUCAAACGAGCAGAACCUCAUCUACAGAAUUUUCAAAUCAGGCUAAACUCUCUUGAAUACAGUGACCUUCGAAGUAAACUUCAAGCUCAGAUUGAGAACACUCGUAACAUCAUGAUCCGACAGUCUCUAAGUGACCAGUUCCUUGAUGCAUUCACUGCAACUGUUCAGUUCAAUCCAACGUUUAUGCUCCCCCCUCAUGUGGAGCUGGAGACUUGUAUAGGAUGCAUGCAGGCUCUCUCUAAUGUUAAACUGCAGAAGCACUGUGAUGAUAUGGGUGGUGGCAACGAAAACCUUGCUGCAGCAGUCAACCUUCAAUGUGUCCAGUGUUUCUGCCGGCCUAUGUGGUGCUUGCAGUGCAUGGGUAAAUGGUUUGCAUCCCGGCAAGACCAGCAACGACCAGAUACAUGGCUUGGAGGCAAAGCACCGUGUCCUACCUGUCGAGCUGUCUUUUGCUUACUUGAUGUCUGCAGAAUUGAAUUGUAGGGCUGAAAUACCUCUUUUAAGCCCUCACCAGCAGAUUCCAGAAAUGCUCCACUGGCAGGAAUGUUUUAAAGAAAAGCAAGUGCAAUUCACUAUUAAGAUAUAUUAUGGAAAAGAAACAAUACUGUGCCAAUAGAAAGUGUUUCAACAGUAUAGGAAAGAUGCUUCUUAACUUGGAAUGAAGAGGAGAUAGAAAUAUUAUUUAUCAGUAACAGAUACAGGUAACAUCCCAGUCAGGUACUUCUAACAGUCUUUACUUGAGGCAAACUCUGCACAGGUAAGGGCUGUUUGACAAGUACAUAUAAAAAACACAGUACAUGUGUUCAAGCGGUUAUGAUGUACUGAAAUGCUAAUUUCAGGACAUAUUUUGCAGUGAUCAGUGACUUGAUCUAAUGCUCUACCUGUAUUCUUAAAACUUUAAUAUAUUUUAUAAAUAAAAAAUUGGUUACACAUGUUCAGUGUUGGCUACAAAGUAGCCAAGUAUUUCAGCUAUUGCUGGGCUACUAAUUCCUGAGGUUAAAGUCUUAAAUAAUGCUAAUCAUUAUCUUGAUGGUGCAUAAGUAAACCUGAGUGAAUGAGUGAGAAAGAAAUGUCACUCUGUUGUAUCUGGAAAAUAAAGUGGCUGAUUUUAAAAAACUUAAAA